UCAAUAAAUAGAAGAUGAUAGAAGAUUAAUUCUUUGAGUCCGUUUUCAUCAGCAUGAUUAAUGACACCUUAUUACGAUUUCUUUACCAAAAAUCUAAUCAAUCGAGUGAAAAAUCAAUCAAUAAUAUAAUUAACAGUAUCAUUUACCCAUAAGAAAAGUUAACCGAUCUAAACUAUUAGAAAAUGUGCGGGAAAAAGUUGCAAAAGCGAAAUUUAACCCAAUUAAUUGAAACUGCGACAGUAAUUACAUCAACAAUCAACAUUUCAUCAUCUUCAACGGUUCCUCUGGAUAAUCAUGACUCUUCAUCCAAUUGGAGUAAAUCAGUUAAACCACAAUUGUCGACAAUCAGUCAAACCGGACCAAUUAAAUUGUCACGUCGUGAUUAUCUACUCAUCUCUGUAUUUGCUUACAUAAACAUCAUAACCGGAGCAGCUUAUUGUGUUUUGUCACCCUUCUUUCCGAAAGAGGCUGAAUCUAAAGGACUAUCUCCAUCGACCUAUGGUUUUCUUUUCUCCAUCCAGGAAGUGAUUGCCUUCAUCUUGUGUCCAGUCUAUGGAAAAUUUUUACCUAAACUUGGAUUUAGAUUGACAAUUUUAACUGGUAUCUUUGUUGGAUCAACUGGAAUAAUCUUGUUUGGAGCAUUAAAAUGGGCUCCAAAUGGGACACUAUUCACCACCUUUUGUGCCUUAAUCCGAUCAUUUGGAUCAAUAGGAUUAGCAGCAGUCUCAGCAACGUGUUAUGCCGCAAUCCCGGUCUAUUAUCCAAAUCACAUCUCUCAAGUAUUUGGUUUGAUUGAGAUGUGUUAUGGUGUUGGUAUGAUCGUUGGCCCUCUGCUUGGUGGUUUCCUUUAUGAGGUUGGGGGCUUUGAUUUGCCCUUUUUCGUCUGUGGUGCUCUUCUUUCCCUUACAUUUCCAGUACUAUUCGUCCUCUUCCCGAGAAAAGCAAAAUUGACCAGAAAUGAGAAAAGUGCUGGAAUAUUCAAAGUUUUAUCCAAUUGGAGGAUAACAUUACAGAUCCUCAUAACUAUUGUACUUUGCAUCGUCUUUGGGUUCAAUCAAUCCAUGUUGGAGCCACAUAUUAGAAGCUUUGCUAAUCUGCGAUCAUCAGCAGUUGGAUCAAUUUUCUUAUUAUCUGGUCUAUUUUAUGGUAUUUUUACCUGGAUCGUUGGUCUGUUCAUGUCGAGAUAUAAAGAUGUCACUUUCAUGAACAUCGUCGGUUCUUCACUUAUCAUAUUAGGGUUCAUUCUGGUUGGUCCUAUUUACCCUUUGCCAAUUAAACCGAGUAUUGUACUGGUUGUAUUCUCUCAGAUCGUUUAUGGAAUGGGCUUGGCCUUUUGUUUCGUUUCCAACUUUACACAAGCAAUGAGGGAAAAAGAUUUAUCUGAUUUAAAAGACGAUGUUGGUGCUGGUUCAAUGAUAAGUAGUCUUUUUGUUUCUGCUUAUGCCCUUGGAACUGCCCUUGGACCCAUAAUUGGAGGUUAUCUUGUUGAACAUUUCGACUUUCCUAAAGCUUGUUUCGGUAUCGUUUUGUUGACAAUUAUAAUUAAUUUUUCACUUUUUAUUCCAUCAGUUGUUGAUUAUAAUCUUCACCAUGUUAUUCCAUGAGCGUAAAAGCUUCGAUGGUGAGAAUAAGAAGAAUAACUUCAAUGAACAAAUUCGUUAUUGAGUUUAAAGAUAUAAUUCACCAAAAUCAUAAUCUCAAUCAAAGAGUUAAUUGAUUACUCUUUGAUUGUGAAAUAUAAACAAAGUGAUUAGACAAGAUUGAGUGGUAAAGAUAUUAACUAAUAACUGUCGAGAAAACAGCAAAUGUACAGGCUUGUGACUUACCGAAAGGAAUCGAAUAUAAAAAUGAGCUUUAUUUUUACGAUGGAAUUUGACAAUUUACAUGUUCUAUACUAAUUUCUAUCAUUAAAUUUCCAAUACUUUACACAUGAUAUAA